GCUGGCUGAGCCGGAAAUUGUUAAUCCUGUUGGUGCGUGCAUUGAGCUGGGCCCUGGCACUAUCUGAGGAAACCUGUCGGAUCUGAGUUACAGCUGACGGCGAAUCAAAGGAAACAAAACCAGUUGAAGUCUUGGGUGGGUGAAGGCCUCAACGUCAAAAGAAAUCAAGAAUUGUUCUGAGAGUGCGACUGAGUCGAGGGCGCAGUUCUAUCAAAAAGUGGAGUGGACGGGCCAGAGGGAUAGUGGCCACGAACAGAGUGAACGGGCCGAAGGGGCAGUGGUAGCGAACAAGUGGAGGAAGCUGAGAAACAUCAUUUUGUUGAAUCUCUUUUGGUCGGCUACCACUAUCUCGUCCUCUCCCAAAAGAUGCUUUGAUGCCAUUCACGCUAUCUGAGUGAGAGGGGAGAGAGCCCCCCCGGUACUCCCGACCCAGCUCUGCUGGGUGAUGAGCCAGGUUGUGACCGCCCGUUUUACAAUAAUCCUUCAACCAUGGCCGCAGAUUUGCAAGCCAAGUAUCAGAAACUGGCUCAGGAGUAUUCCAAGCUUCGGGCUCAGAACCAAGUUCUGAAGAAAGCAGUUGUGGAUGAACAGGGUCAUUGCACUUCUUUAAAGGAGGAGCUGAAAAUGAAGGAUCAAAGUGUUAGGAAGUUGCAGCAGGAAAUGGACAGUCUGACAUUCCGAAAUCAGCAGCUGGCAAAGCGUGUUGAGCUACUUCAAGAGGAACUGUUGACCUCUGAGGCCAAAGGGAAGAAGAGCAAGCAGAAGAGUGCUGAUUCUCCAUCUCAGCUAAACCAGCAACGACAGAGUGUUUUUGAUGAAGAUCUGCAGAACAAGAUAGAAGAAAAUGAACGAUUGCACAAGCAAGUUCAAGAAGCUGAAGAAAGACAUAAACAAAUUGAAACUGAGCUCAGGGAACGAUUAAUGGUGCUGGAGAGAGAUGCCAUGCAACAUCAUGAUGUGGUUGAUGGCUUAAAACAAAAAUACAUGGACACCAUAGCAAAGCUUCAAAAUGACAAAGCAAAUUUAGAGGUCAAGUCGCACUCAUUGGAAAGAGAAGCUAAAGACUGUAGACUCCGAGCAGAAGAAUGCCAACAACAACUAAAAAAUGUGCAUGCUGACCUAAGCAGGCGAUUAGACCGGUCAACAAACAUCAUUCAAGAGAAGUUACCUUUCAAUGAUACAAGGCUUGCAGAGUACUACACAUUGGAUGUACCCAUUCAUGACAGGAGGCAUCAGUUAAAAGCUCGUGACGUGAGUGGGCAAGCACUAGCUUUUUGUCAAGAUUUGGUGGGAGCACUGCUGAACUUUCAUACCUAUACAGAACAAAGAAUUCAGAUCUACCCCAUAGAUUCUGCAAUGGAUACCAUUUCGCCUUUGAACCAAAAGUUUUCUGAAUACCUGCAUGAAAAUGCCUCAUAUGUUCGUCCACUAGAGGAAGGAAUGUUGCACUUAUUUGAAAGUAUUACUGAAGAAAGUGUUACUACACUGGAAACUGCUGUGAAACUUAAACCAUUUUCAGACAUCUUUACUACUUAUGUUUGUUUUCUAAAGAAAAUUCUACCGUAUCAAUUAAAAAGUUUGGAAGAGGAAUGCGAGUACUCGCUCUGCACUACUAGUUUACGAGAACGGAACACUGAACUGCGGUGUGAUAUGCAAAAGAUUACUGCUAUCUUUGAAAAGCUGCAAAUUUACAUAAGCCUUCUUGCCGUGCCGAGUACCAAUCCUGAAAUGCUGCUUCAGACAAACUACAAUAUAGUUUUCACACAGCUUGCCGCUUGUCUUCAUUCCUUGCAUGAUGUUAUGAAAGAUAUUUCCAAACAUUACAAUCAGAAGGUUUCAUUGGAACAAGAACUACCCACCAUUACCCAGAAGCUUAAAACUACCAAUGACUGCAUUUUAUCUUCCAUUGUAGCAUUGUCAAAUGUCACAGGAAAGAUUUGUACAUUCUUCAGCAACAACUUAGACUUCUUUACGGCUCCUUCAGUGUAUGGCUCAAAGAGAGGAAUGGGUGUAAUAGAUCCUCUUUCAGCAGAGUGUAUGUUGGAGAAUAAGAAGAAAGCAGCUGCAUACAUUAAAUCUCUAAAGAAGUCUUGUCCAGAAUCAGUACCAUACGCUGAAGCUCUAGCAAAUCGCAAGAUCAUUUUAAGUUCCACUGAGAGUCGCGAGGGACUUUCACAACAGGUGCUACAAAGCCAAGAGAAGAUAACAAAACUGGAGCAGGAGAAAGAGCAUUGGAUGUUGGAGGCUCAGUUAGCCAAAAUAAAACUGGAGAAGGAGAGUCAGCGUAUAAAUGACUUAGAAAAUCAAUACAGAUUAACACUUUCUGGACAGUUGCCUUCAGUUGAUUCUCUACAAACAAAUGGCGCUAUCUCCAAAAUUGAAGAUUUGGAGCAUGUUGAAAAGGACUGUAAAGAACCAAUCCAAAGUACUAGUCAAGUUGGAAUGUUGACCACUUACACAAGUAACAAUGAGAUUCCAGAUGAGGACUCACGAGAACACUUGAUCAAAAGUCACUACAUGAUGAGAGUGGCAGAGCUGACAUCACAGCUUCAGAUAGCAGAUAGCAAGUCGGUGCAUUUUCAUGCAGAGUGCCGAGCCCUUGCUAAACGCUUAGCACUUGCAGAGAAGUCCAGAGAAGCCCUCUCAGAAGAAGUAAAAGUUGCCAAUCAGAACAUUGUGCGAUUGCAGGAUGAGCUGACUACAACAAAAAGAAGUUAUGAAGAUCAAUUGAGUAUGAUGAGUGAUCACCUCUGCAGCAUAAAUGAGACUUUAUCAAAACAAAAGGAAGAAAUUGACUCUCUUCGAAUGGGCAGCAAGGGUAAUGCUAAGAAAAACAGAAAUCGAUAAUGCCUGAAGCAUCAUUCAACUGGAAGAUUUAUGCACAAAAGAUGCAACCAUUGUUUUCCACAAGAAAGUUUGAUGCCAAAUGAAGAAUUGUAAUGAUUUCAUUCUGGGAGUAAAGGUGUGUGAUUAUAGUGGAAUUGUAGAGCUGAGAAAUCAAAAAAUUCUAUCCACAGGAUUUUUUUUUAUAUACCAUUCCCUAAAAUUUUAGGAACAUAUUCUGGCACUUAAGACCUAUCCAAAAAUGUACCUGUGAAAUUUCCACCUACUAUGUAAUUUGUAAUGGUAGCUUUUAAGUCAUUUUAUUUGUGUAAAUCCAUAAAGAUGGUUUUGUACAUUGAAUUACGUGACAAACUGUGUGGUAAUUACGUAACUAUUUCUGAAUUGAAAAAUAUCCAGCAUAUUGUGCCUGGCAGAUGUUUUGUUUUCUUGAAAUGUGGAGCACAACUAUAACCUUUGUGGUUUACCUUGCUUUUCUUCUUGAGUGUCUGCAGACUGCUCAUCCUGCAAUUUUGUCCAAUGACCCACAAUGUUCUCCUGCUGUUUCCUCCCAUUAACCCUACCCCCAAAGAACAUCUGACUGCAAAAAUCUAUUUACGGAAUAAUGUUAAUGGGAACGUAGUCAAUAAAAAAGAACACUGUACUGCA